UAAUGUAUAUAGAUGGCGGACUAACGUGGAGGAAGAGAGUGCUGUCUCAGUCUCGCUGUGUGUAACCCCGUGUAUCAUCAGUUGCAGAAGGAACGAAACAAAGCAUAGCAGACGACACAACAAACGUCACGCUAGUUUUGUUUCUGGGAAUCAAAAACCAUGGAAGAUUUCCUUCCACUGUGGUCCAGCCUAGAACGUGAGCAGUACACGUUACAACGGUUGAAUUCGGCAGGUGAGGAAACGGACGGUAGCCAUGGUGAUCAAAGAAGCUGCAGCCCUUCCAGCGUGUGGAGUCUGGAAUCCAUGGAUGACGAGAUGUACCUGGAAUAUCUUUUUUCUCAAGGAUUAGCGGAUUCUAUGGAUAAAACGGGACAUGUGACUUCUGAUAUUGCGGAAUUUGAUAUAACAUCGGUACCUGCCUCUCCCACGAAUACUAUUAACAUAAGUACUAGUGCCAAAAUACCGAUCGUGCACUGCGACUCAUUUGUCAGUGCUAGUUCAUCAUCAUUUAUAGACAGUGCUGGUUCCGAUACAUCCGAAGACAGUUCGUGUGAUGAUGUGUUUUCUAAUUUUCCGACUACUAGUAAUGAUAAUUCUGAAAAAGAGUUUGUGGUUCUAGGAGUAGGGCUACAGAAUUUAAUGCAUUCUUACGCCGCCAAAGCCGUGCCAACACAAGGCCAAGAAAUAUCCAUAGAUUUUCCAAGGAAAACACAAAUAGUGAACAGGUGUAAUCGGAAUUACCUCACGAAACCCGGAUAUUCCUUCUCAUCUUCAGGUGCUUUAUUAACUCAAACUAGUCUAUUAGACCCAGCAAAAAUACGAUCCAUCAAAGCACAGUCGUCCAAAACAUUAGGCAUUAACAAAGACAAAAUUGAGGAAAAGAUAUAUCAUUGUACUUACGCUGGCUGUAACAAAGUGUAUAGUAAAAGCUCACACCUAAAGGCUCACCUGCGGAGACACACCGGUGAGAAACCUUUCGAGUGCACAUGGUCAGGUUGUGGUUGGAGGUUUUCGAGGUCAGACGAAUUGGCCAGACAUAAACGAUCUCACUCUGGAAUCAAACCUUACCAGUGUAAGCUAUGUGACAAACGUUUCUCCCGUUCUGACCACUUGUCAAAACACCUCAAGGUGCACCGUAAAAGGCAAACGUCGUAGAAAAACGUACGGCUCGACGCGCUGGCGUGUACGGGCCAUCGAUCGAGUGGGAUAAAGAUAGAUUCAAACUGAGCCAUACCGUGGGGAGAUCGAACCACUUGGGGUAACGCCUGGCCCGACCCUCAACCUCACAGAGAAAGGUCAUUUCGACAUCGGCGCGGUGAAAUCAGCUAUACAUGUAUAAAUCGACUCAAGACUGAGGAUAUAUCAAAGCAGAUGCAGGUGUAAUAUAUCUUAGCUGGAGACAGUGGUGUUUUAGACUGGAGAACGAUAAACAAACACAACUGAAGUCGUUUGCAUUGCAUGAUCAAUGAGGGUUAAUCAAUAGCCAGUGAAUGGACGAGUUGUAAGGUUAGGAAUACAGGCAUGACUGAAUGGGAGAGCUCUAUGUUCACACUGCCACAAUACCUCUCCCCUAAAUAGACACCAACAAAUGCGGGUUCAUUUAAGCACAUUCUCCAACAUAUCGAGGUUCAUGUACCUAGAACAUCAACAAAUAACGAUUCGCGGAGCUCACAACAGCCUCAAAUGGUUCACGACCGUACACUCUGCACGAAAGACGUUUUAAAAAUCCCAAACCCUAACGAAAUGACCGUGGUUCAACCAAGCACACCACUGGAAAGUGUUUCUAGAAUUGUGACGUAUAAAAAGCAGAUGUGUGUUAUACAUGUGCCAUGAAAAGAGCCCGAGGGCUGGAAUUCCUCGUAUGUAAGCUGACGUACAUAAACCGACGCCUGUAAGAGGCAGCUUGUGACAGGUAUUAUAAUAAAUUAUGCGGGAACUUAGUGAAACUACGGUAAUUCCCGUGUCAAAAAAAUAACAAAAAACAAAAAAUAAAAUCACGUGAUGAUAAAUAAAUCUUAUGUAUGGAGUGGAUGUGAACUAAAAAGUGCUAUACAAAUAGACGAGAGUGAAAGUCGUAAUCCCUGUGUCAAAAAAAUAUUUCGUUUAGUUAGUGUUUACCAAAUUAGGCGAACAUGCGCUUUAUGUUAUUUGGUCAGUCUUUUCUUGUAUGGACAAUUAAGAACGAACCAAUUGGUGAUACUGUAUUGAAAUGUAUAUAUAUAUACGUGCAACAGAUAGUAACACUGAUAACCGCAUGCGCUUGAUCAAAGGUACGGAUUACCGUACCAGCCUCCGGCCGGACCAAAAGUCCAGCCGGGGGUGGGAAAUCAAAGUCUUCCUUGCGAUAGCUGGGACGAGAUAGAGAGAAGGAAAUUAUCUAAACAGAGAUAAAUAUGGGGUACGCUGAGAGAUACAAAGGACAAAUAUAUUCACGAUAACCAGGGCUAUUGCAUGUUGAAACAAGCCCUGAAUGUUACACUUGUUCCCAGGGUACCAUCCCUUUGCAAGCCCUGUAACUGGUUGUCAAUCUGUUCCGGGUAAACCAUCCCGGUACACGCAGUGUAACUGAUAUAGACAUCUGUCCCUCGAUAUCAUCCCCUUAUGGGUCGUGUAAUUGGUUGUUUCCCUUGUCCUUGAUUGACCAUUCUUUUACUACAUGCCAUGUAACUGAGUGUUACACCGGUACAGUAGUACCGUCUCUUUACACCCCGUGUAACUGAUUGUUACUCCUGUCAAGCGUUACCAUCAGUUUUCACACGUCACACCUGUCUCGAGGUACCAUUCCUUUACCCGCCGUGUAACUGAUCGCAACACCUGUCCCGAGGUAACCAUACCUUUAUAGGCAUUAUAACUUAUUGUUACACUCGUUCCGGGAAUACCAUCCCUUUGCACACCGUGUAACUUAAUUUUACACCUGUCACGGGAUGAAGAUCUCUCAACACGUGGCGUUACUGAUUUCCGUACCUGUCACGAGAUACAAUCCCUUUACACGCCGUGUAAUUGAUUGCUACACCUCUGUCCGCGGAUAAAAAUCGCUUUACACGCGGUUACCCGCGGUUGUUCAUAAUUACUUAUUAUUUAAUACUCCUCAAAAAGAAACUCCAAGAAAUAAUGUGAUAAUUUGUUAAUAUUGAGAAUAAACAUUGACCCAUGAUACUUAACAUUCCGUUCAUUAUUAACGUGUGUCUCUUCACAUUCCCGUCUGCAAUCCCUGAGUGGCAACGUACAUAGACGAUACUGCCAUAUAACACAGGGCAAUCAUACUCCAUAGUUGAUUUGUUGGGGACGACAUGUCUCAAUGUGCGAUUCUUUAUAGGAUGAGAUUUUUUUAGCUAUACUGGAGCAUCAGAAUAAAUGAUACUUAUUUUUUAUGUACAUAUAUAUGUUCUACAAAGUUUGAAGAGGACAUUAUAUAGAAUAUAUUGAUUGUUUUUCUUGACGACUCUUUAACCAUCCAAUUUACGUACA